AUGCUCUUACGCACACUUCCAGGAGGGUGUAAAUUGAGAGAGAGAGAGAGAGAGAGAGAGAGAGAGAGAGAGAGAGAGAGAGAGAGAGAGAGAGAGAGAUGGAGAUGGCAUAUGGAAUGGGGCGGGGGGGAGUAUUGCGGAAGGUGAAACUAUUCUUGGGAAUAAUAUCGUUGCAGUUUGGGUAUGCAGGGAUGUACAUAAUCACCAUGGUUUCUUUUAAACACGGCAUGAGCCAUUUUGUUCUUGUCGUCUACCGCCAUGCAGUUGCCACGCUCGCCAUUGCCCCCUUUGCCCUUGUCCUCGAAAGGAAAAUAAGGCCAAAGAUGACUAUGUCAGUUUUUCUGAAAAUAUUGGCUCUUGGUAUACUCGAACCAGUGAUUGAUCAGAACUUGUACUACUUGGGGAUGAAGUACACAUCAGCAACAUUUGCAUCUGCCUCUGUCAAUGUCCUCCCUGCCGUCACCUUUAUUAUGGCAGUCAUCUUCAGGUUAGAGCGCAUAUCAAUAAAGAAGGUGCACAGUCAAGCAAAGGUAAUAGGAACGGUAGUGACAGUGACAGGAGCAAUGGUGAUGACAUUGUACAAAGGCCCGGUUCUGGAUUUUAUUCGGUCGCAGGGACGAAGCCGCCACGGCACUGCCACUGCUUCCACCGAUCAACAUUGGCUCACCGGUACUCUCAUGCUCCUGGCUAGUGCUUGCGGCUGGUCCGGCUUCUUCAUUUUACAAUCGUUUACACUGAGGCAGUAUCCAGCAGAGCUGUCGCUGACGACAAUGAUAUGCAUAGCAGGAAUGGUGCAAGGCGGGGCGGUAGCACUUGUCAUGGAACGCAACACCGCCGUGUGGGUUAUCGGCUGGGACUCCCGCCUCCUCGCCGCUGUUUAUUCUGGAGUGAUAUGCUCGGGAAUGGCAUAUUAUGUGCAAGGAGUGGUGAUAAAGGAGAGAGGCCCAGUGUUUGUGACAGCAUUCUCCCCUCUUUGCAUGAUCAUCACUGCAGCUCUCGGUUCCCUUGUUCUUGCUGAACAAAUCCACCUUGGAAGUGUAAUUGGAGCAGUGAUCAUAGUGACGGGGCUGUACUCGGUGGUGUGGGGUAAAAGCAAGGACCAGAAAGCAGCGUCUGGAGGGAGCACUACUGCUGCUGCUGCCACUGCACAAGAGCUUCCCGUCGUGGAUAAUACUGCUGCUAAGAGCCAAUUAGAUCGGUCAUUGUCCACCACAGCUAUGUCAACGCCGACGGACUUACUACAUGCCGGCGAUUCGACUGUCAUUAUUCCACCCAAAAAUUCUCCCGUCUGAUGAUGAAUCUCAUCACGAUCUUUUAUUACGUCUUACAUUUCUCUCUCUUUCUCUCUCUCUCAAAAGUAUGUAGUAGUUUUUAUUCCACUUCUCUUUCGACAUUAUUCCGAUGUAGGUGUGGGUUGACUGGAGAGGGUAAAGUAACCAGUGAUAUGAUUUUACAUGCCUAUGUCUGUCACUAACUGUGACUGCUCACGCUUAUAAAUAUAUGUAUGAUGCUUUCUGCCUUUUAAUUUC